UGUUAUGAGAGUCUCAUAGACGAAGAUAAGCAUCGAUACCAUGAUCUCCUGAAGUCUAAGGAAAAGGUCUAACCACUUGACUAUGUCAUAGAGCGGAGUUACAUUUACAAGAAGAGACUUCAAAAUAUAUCAAUUCUGUUUAAUUCUUUUUUUUAGCAAGUGAGGUUUAAGUCCAAAUCAGAUCCAAUUAAAUUAGAGUUGGACAACACCUAAAUUUCCGUGAGAGUUCCCCGCCAUUUUUGGAAUUAUCUAUUGAAGAUCUCAAAACCUGCAAAACCCCUAAACUCCCAACUUCAGCACCAUCAAAACUUGAUCACCAUUUUUCCCCAAAAAAAGCGGGAAAAUGUUCAAAAACUGCUAUCUUUCAAAAACAAACUACCAACACUCAACAUCUGUCUGAAUAUCAGUUGCCCAUUUCAUUUGAAUCCAUCAACUCCCAAAAAACUUAAAAAAAUAAAAUAAAUAAAAUGACAGAUGAAGAACAAAAGCAGGAUCCAAUCAUCAUUUCCAUGCUCCAGGACAGAGCAGAGGAAGAUCAAAGAAGCAAGGAAUUUGAGUUUGGAUUUGAUGAGCCUGAAACCCUACCGCUUACUGUUACUUCUAGGGUGUUGUAUAUGUUGGGUGACUUGACUGCUGGCCCGGCUUAUAGGUUCACACAAUGGUUAGAAUUGGUUCGUAAGCGAACCGCUCAGUAUCGGUCUUCCGGCUUCCCUCACCGUCCCCCGAGUUUGGAUCUUGAUAAGUCCUUGAGAGCAGGCGAAUCAGCUACUGGCCCAAUAGACUCUUCACCCUCCGAACAAGCUACUGAAAUUGAUCUUUGGGAAAGGCUUGGCAAAGCUGCUAUGUUGGACAUUGAAUCAAGCACCUUUUGUUGGGACAACCUCUCUUCACUUCAUCAUACAGAGCACAGUGGCAGCACUGACCAAUCUGAUGAUGAUAUGAGUAAAGCCCUGGAGGUGACUGUCAACUCUGGUGGAGUUGUCUUCUUUGCUUUGUUUAAAACUGUUAAUGAUGAUUGUAAAGUACGAGAAACUGCUGCUGUGAUCAAGUUUUCUUCAUCAAGAAUGGCCACACAAUCAGAACGCUUUGGCUAUGAAUUAGCAAAGUGGCUAGGUGUUCGAAUACCUCAGGCAAGAGUCAUUCAUAACACCAGUUCAGAGUGGCUUCGCAUAAAGGAGGCUGCUGAAAAGGCCAGAGAAGUAGCUGUUUCAGAGAGAGAUGAAGUUGGGGAAGUGACAUGCUCUGAGCUUCUUGAAGCUCUUGAACUUAGCCGAUGCCUUUUCUUAAUGAAUUAUGUACAUGGUUCCCCCUUGUUGGAGAAUCAAAUUGCAUUCAAUUCCAGAGAUGCUGCAGAGAAGAUAUCAUCAGCUCUUGGCAGGAUAUUGAUGCUAGACCUUGUUAUCAGAAACGAAGAUAGAUUGCCUUGUAAGCAGCUAGGCUGGCGUGGCAAUUUUGCUAAUUUAUUGUUUGCUGACAAAAAUGUCUCUGCAAAUAGGGACUUUUUGGAGGAUGCAUAUGAUUCUGCAAUGAAACGUUUCAGACCAAGAGUGGUCAGGGCUCUGCAGAAAGAAAGAAGGGCAAAUUCUGUUGACAGUAGAUUGGACCCUAAUAAUACUAAAAUGAAGUCACAAAAGUCUGAUCUUUCUGAUGUUAUGAAAUCGCCAAUAUCCAGCAGAGUACUUGUGGAAGAUCAACAUAUGGAUGAAGUGGGUGAUACGGAUUUUAAUAUUGUGGCCAUUGACUCUGGCGUUCCUCGAAGACCUCCAGCUGGGAAACGUGCUAAUGACCAGGCAAACUAUCCAAGGUUAGUGGAGCUGCUUCUGAAUAGCUCCACAUAUUCUUCACAUCUGCUAUAUGAAAUAUCAGGAGGUAAAUUAGGGUAUCCUGAAGCUGAUAACAUAAAUGAUUGUUCUACUGACAUGAAGUCCAUUGUUCAAGCAUUCCGGAUUGGGUUUCGUGCUGCUCUAAGGGACAUGCAGGGUUUUCAUAUGUUCCUGCUUACUCUGAACCAAAAGCUGGAUACAGUUUUGCGCACUUUUAUGAAUAUAGUUAACCGGAAUUCUGCUGGGGAAUCAGAUAAAGAGGAUUUUAUGGUCCCUGAGUCACCGAAAUCUGCUGGAGUCCAUUUCUCUUCACCUGCUUCGCAUACAAAGGAUCACACAGCACACGAUAGUACUCCAGUGUCAAAUGACACAGAAUUACAGAGAACUGCACCAAAGCAAUCAUCUUCAGGACCUAAGGAUCAUUCCGACUCUAUUUCACCCAGCUCGCGAGAAAGCUCCCAGGGAAAGUAUGCAAAAUGGAGUGGUGAGCCUGUUCGUUACUUGCGCUUGACAACAAAGCUUCGAGACUUCCAUAAAUAUGCAAAGGUUGAUGCUGAACUGAGUAAGGAACUGGAACUGUGGAAUGAUACGCUACGCAAUGAUGUAGUCAAAUUAUGUUAUGAAAAUAAUUUUAAUUCUGGUUUUUUUGAGGGAAGUGAUAAUAACACGGUGGUUGAUGCUUAUGAGUUAAAGGUUAGGCUGGAGCAUAUCCUUGAGAGGAUCUCACUGAUAUCUGAUGCUGCGAACACAGAGAAGCCAUCAUUAAUUACAGAUAAUUUGUUCAUAAGCGGAGCACUGGCUGCAAGAUCUGUGUUCACACUCCAGCAUCUAGGAAUUACGCAUGUACUCUGCCUUUGCUCAAAUGAAAUUGGACAGUCGGACUCACAGUUUCUUGACUUGUUUAGAUAUCAAAACUUUUCUAUUAGUGAUGAGGAAAAUUCAAACAUCAGUAGUAUUUUCAGCGAAGCCUGCGACUUCAUAGACAAUGUUGAGAAAACAAAUGGGAAGGUUUUGGUUCAUUGCUUUGAAGGAAGAAGUAGAAGCGCAACAGUGGUUCUUGCCUAUCUCAUGCAGAAGAAGAACUUGACUUUGUUAGAAGCAUGGAAUAAGCUGAAGAAAGCUCACCGGCGAGCCCAGCCAAAUGAUGGGUUUGCUAAGAUUUUGCAGGAUUGGGAUAAAUCACUGCAUGGGAAGGUAUCAAUGGAGUGGCAACAGAGGAAACCUUCCAUGAAAGUUUGCCCUAUAUGCGGGAAGAAUGUUGGGCUGAGCAGUAGUUCACUAAAACUUCAUUUGCAAAAAUCACAUAAGAAACUGUCAUCAGGUAGUGUAGACAGUGCUAUGACGAUGGAAAUACAGAAAGCAAUAAGAGCACUCAAGAUUAGUCGAGGAGGUAGUGUUAGUCCUACUCAAAGAGAAUCACCCUCAAUGUUGGAAUAGUAGAUUUGACGUUUUGUUGUUGUACUUUUACUAGCAACCCGUGUAAGCAAUUGUACCACUAUUUUAGGUUUAGUCUCUGUACUAGUAUUGUAGUAAAGAUGGAGCAGAAUAACGUAAAAUUCCCAUUGUAA